GCGCGGCGGGAGGAGGCGCCGGAGUCGCCCCGGGGCCGCGGGGAGGAGCCGAGCGAUGAACGUGGCCGCCAAGUACCGCCAGGCGUCCCUGUACGUGGGGGAUCUCGACGCCGAGGUCACCGAGGACGCGCUGUUCCGGAAGUUCAGCGCCGCGGGGCCGGUGCUGUCCAUCCGCAUCUGCAGGGACCUGCUGACCCGCCGCUCGCUGGGCUACGCCUACGUGAACUUCCUGCGGCUGGCGGACGCGCAGCGGGCCCUGGACACCAUGAACUUCGACGUGCUGCGGGGCCGGCCGCUCCGCCUCAUGUGGUCCCAGCGCGACGCGCACCUGCGGAAGUCGGGCGUCGGGAACGUGUUCAUCAAGAACCUGGACCGGUCCGUGGACGACAAGGCCCUCUUCGAGCGCUUCUCGGCCUUCGGGAAGAUCCUGUCGUCCAAGGUGGUGAGCGACGAGCGCGGCUCCCGCGGCUACGCGUUCGUGCACUUCCAGGAGCAGAGCGCCGCCGACCGCGCCAUCGAGCACAUGAACGGGGCGCAGCUCCGCGGCUGCAGGCUCUUCGUGGGCCGCUUCCAGAGCCGCCAGGCCCGCGAGGCCGAGCUGCGCAGCCGCGCCGGCGAGUUCACCAACCUGUACAUCAAGAACUUCGGCGGCCGCAUGGACGACGCCAGGCUCAGGGCCGUGUUCAGCGAGUACGGCAAGACCCUGAGCGUCAAGGUGAUGACCGACGCCAGCGGCAGGUCCCGCGGCUUCGGCUUCGUGAGCUUCGAGAGCCACGAGGCGGCCCGGCGGGCGGUGGAGGCCCUGAACGGCAGGCAGGUGGACGGGCAGCCGCUGUUCGUGGGCCGCGCGCAGAGGAAGGCGGAGCGGCAGGCGGAGCUCAGGCGGGCCUUCGAGCAGCGGCAGCAGGACGGGCUCCGCAGGGCCCAGGGCGCCAAGCUCUACGUCAAGAACCUGGACGACGCCGUCGACGAGGACAGGCUGCGCAGGGAGUUUUCUGGCUUCGGAGCCGUCAGCAGGGUCAAGAUCAUGCGGGAGGAAGGGCGGAGCAAAGGCUUUGGCCUCAUCUGCUUCUCCUCUGCCGACGAGGCCGCCAGGGCCUUGGCCGAGAUGAACGGCCGCGUGCUGGGCUCCAAGCCGCUGUCCAUCGCCCUGGCCCAGAGGCCCUAGGAGGGCGGGACGGGCGCAGCCGCCGCGCUUGCAGACGCAGGGCUUGCAGCCGCGGGGCCUUGCAGCCAAAGGGCUUGCAGCCGCGGGGCCUUGCAGCCGCAG